AUGUCGGUAACUGGAGUAUACUAUAUCCCAAGCAACCCUGAGUUGCCAACAACGGCAACAAGAACUGUGAUUGAUCGGUUCAAAGCAAUACAUCAACCGACCAGGCUUGGGCGCUGGGCACUAGAAUUCAAACUCCUAAGAGACACCGCAUCAUGCCUACCGGCCGCAAACUUCCCACACAACAAAGUGCCGACUCCACGAUAUAUGCACUUUCUCUCUCUUAGCCAUUACCAAAAUCAUGGCUUCAUCCGAAUCUCACCACGACCUGAGGUCGAUCCGCUGGAUCCAGCCGUAAUGGAGAAACAAAUGAACUCACCGCCCUCUCUUCCAAUAUCAGCCAUGGGAGUUUCUUCCCAGAAGUCCCCAGCGGAUGGAAAGGAUUCAACUUCACUUACUCAAGCCGAAGCCCAUACCACAGCGAUUAAGACAUUAGACCCACAAUCAUACCUGUCCUUUUUCUCCAUGACAACAAAAUUCUGCCAACCGCUCUGGAACCACCGCUUUACCGUGGUUGUCACUGGCGGAGAAGUCUAUGAAGUAGGUGACUUUCGGGUCCGGAUAGGUGAAGUUCGCCAGACAGUGCCUAGGCCUCGUCUUCGUGGAGCAAUCGUGGAAAUUGAGUACAAUGGCCCGGGUCUAAGACAGUCGGAGCCAGAUCUCACUCGGGAGCCUGAGGAGGAUUGGGAUUUCGUUCCUCUUCUCCCACACCACCCACCCCGCGAAGUUAUCCUGCCUACAGACGAAGACUGGGAGCUGGGAGUCAUGCUAAUACGUGAGUUGUGGGAGAAUUUUUCUAUUCCAGGGGCUACAGAAUCGAUUCAGGUUCCUGGGUUAGGGCUUGAGAGGCGGGAUUACCUUGGACAAAGUGCGUCGGCCCAAAGCACACGCAAAAAAGCUAAUCUCGUUGGAGUUGACCUUGCGAGACAGUACAUGGAUGUUUUCAAGUUUUACCGGUAG